CGAGCGGCUCCUGACCAUCUGACUCCAUCCUGUCCCAAUGGGAUCGCUCUCCGUCGCCUCCUCGCUCCAGGAUCCCUGGUUGCCGGUACUUUGCUUCUGGUGCUUCCACUCGCCCCGGAAGUUUGGAGUAUGGGCAACGGGGCGCUGCGGUGUCACAGACUUCGUGGCCUGUCGCCUUGACCGCAAUUGCAACGCUGCCCUUGAAUCAGUGAUGCCCUGCCCACCCACCGUCAGGGAGACAUAUCCGCCUAUAGUAAGCUAGGUUUGUGUCACACGCUUUCUUUCUUCUCUCCCCAUCCCACUGCAUCCUGCCUCAUUCCGUUCAAUAAACUCGUCCUACAUGCCUGGCGCUAGUCACAUACUCACUGUCUCACCGCCGCAUCUCUACCACCCUGCGUCACCACAUUAACCUAGCACCACCAGAGGCGAUUAU